AUGGAGAAUUUCUCCUCUAACAUGACUCUAUAUUAUGUGAUCACGCACAAAUUUGAUCUUUGGCCAGAUGCCUAUGAGUGUUCCGGUAACUAUACAGUUCCCACUGCCAGAUGGCCUAAGUUUGGUAUUUAUCUGUGGACUUCGGGAUCGAUAUUUUUGACUCUCUAUAUUCUCUGUUUCAUAGCCAUAUGUAAAAUCAAGUCUUCCGCUCCAGUGUACCAAUUGAUGUUCUUUAUAGCCAUCUUCGAUAUAAUCGCCAUAAUUGUGGGUUCCCUAAUCCUUGGCUACCUCACUUUCCACGGAAUAUUUUUCUGUCAAUGUCCUCUCUUCUUCUUCAUCAUCGGCUCUUUGGCAAUGUUCACAUGGCUGUUCAAUUGUGUCUCUUGCAUUAUUCUGGCCAUUGAACGUUGCUCAGAAGUCAAUCCCAAGUUUUUCCUCUCAUUUUUAUUUGGCAAGAAGGUGUUUCGAGUUGUGAAGACUUUGGUGUUCAUUUAUGGAAUCAACGGUUUGAUGUUCUCGAAGCCAGUAAUUUUCAGCCCAGAGUAUACUAGUUUUAUUUACGAUCCAAUGAUUGGAAAAGAUCCGACCCUUUAUCAAAAUAAUUGGCUCUCCGGGAACAAUUUUGCAAUUGCCCUCUGCACAACAACUUUAUACUUCUAUCUUUGUUACUACUUACUGCUGAAAUACAGAUACUCCACAUCAAUGUGGUUGUACAAGUCAACGCGUCAGAUAAUUUUACAAGGAGUAGUGAUGUGUUUCUUCCAUUCCGCAGCCGCCUGUAUCUAUGAAUAUAUGGCAUACUUCACCCCAACGUUAUACGUUAUUGUAGCUGGAGAAGUGGUUUAUCAGUUGGCUUGCAGCUGUCUUAGCGUAGUGUACCUGACCCUAAAUCGGACAAUCAGAAACACAGUAGUCAAAAUGGUCAUUCCAAAAUCGAUUCGUGCUAAAUACGGAUGGCAUAUUGGGGUUGAAGAGCAUUUAGCUGUUGAGCAAGCUGCAGAAUCUAAUGGAAUAGCUUUGGUCAAUGCUAGUGGGAUGCCAGUCAAAUUUGAUAAUUUUUUUGUGAAUUGA